CUGUCAAUGAUCUGUCCUGUCAUUUGUCAUUCUCCUUUCUCGUUCAUCGUGGAUUCAUGUUGAUGUUCACUUUCACGAGUAAUUUUUUUAAUAAUUCUAGACUGUUAAUUUGUCAUUUCGAAAAUGCCUAAGCAUAAAAUUAAUAAAAAAGAGGCAGUUACCUUUCAACUUGUCCAUAGAAGUCAGCAGGAUCCUUUAAUUGCUGAUGAAGAUGCUCCACAAAGGGUACUUAUACCGGUUAAACAAAACGAGACCAAAGGAAAAAGCAGACCUUCGGCGAAAAAUGAAUUUCCACAGGAAAAUGAGGAUUAUUCUGACGAGGAAGACUUGAACCCUAAGAAAUCAAAAGAAGUUAAAUUUAAAGUGGAAUUGCCAUCUGUAGUAUUUCCUUCUGAAGUUGAGGAAGAAGUGGGUAUGCUAGGAAAAGCAGCUCCAGUCUCAGGGUUACAGUUACAUUUAGACCCUGAUGUAGUAGCAGCCAUGGAUGAAGAUUUCGAUUACUCUGAUCCUGAAAAUGAGCUAGAAGAUAAUUUUAUUGAAUUAGCUAAUGGAGUAGGCGAUUCAACUGAAGAAUUUGAUGAAAAUAUUUUUACUGAUUCAGAAGAUGAUAGUUUUGAUGAUGAUGAUGACAGGUGGACUUUCGAUAAAGAGAAACCUAAAUCUAGGUUUGCUCAUACUAUGGAUUCAAUUACAAGUUGUUCUACUAUUAGAAGAAAUGAUAAUUUGCGUCUGCUUGAUGAAAAAUUUGAGAAGAUGUUUAUUGGAUAUGAAGAAAACGAAAUUGGUGCUUUAGAUUUGGAAGAAAUUGAAGGUGAUGUAUCAUCAAAUAUACUACUCGAUUCUGCUUUAGAAGAAUUUAAUAAAACCGAAACUAAUUUCGAAAAUGACAAAAAUAUAAAUAAAAAUUUAGCAGCAAUAGAAGAAAUUUCUGAUGAUGAAGAUAUUGAUAAAAAAUUGAUGAUAGUUCAGAGUUCGAAACGCAAAUGGGAUUGUGAAAGUAUUUUAAGUACAUAUUCGAAUAUUUAUAAUCAUCCUAAAAAAAUAGUUGAAGGAAAUGGUAAUAAGAUUCGUAUAAACAAGAAAACAGGCAUUCCGAGCAAUGUAUUUGAUAAACACGGUCUAACAACUAAAACUUUAGACAAAUUGAACCAACAAAAUGAAGAAAUUAAAUCAAAAUCGAUACCAGAUCAUACGUCUCAAUUGUCCAUGUUAUCACAACGCCCUAAAGAUGAAACUGCAGAAGAUAAAAGAAUUAGAAAACAGAAACUCAAAGACUACAGAAAAGAAAGAAGGGUCGAAAAGAAAAUUAACACUUUAGCUUUUAAAGACGAAUCUAAAAAGCAAGUUAAAAUAGCUAUAAACAAUAGAAAUAAUGUACAAGGAAAUAAACUUUUAUAA